CACUAUAAAACCCUGGCCAAGGAAAAAAGACCGUUUUAUCAGACGCUGAGACGCACAACAAUCAGGAGCGUAACAACUGGAGCUAUCAAGUCUUUUAUUUCGACAAUUUAUUUAUGAAAAGAGAACGAGUGGAAAUAAAAAGGCGAUCAGCACAGGCUCGUGAGGAGCUGCAGUGGGCUCAGUGAGGAAGACAGCACCAUGGCCGUCUCCACUCAGCUGGGCUUACUGCUGUGGAAAAACUUCACGUAUCGACGGAGACAAACUCUUCAGCUCUUGAUUGAGAUCAUUUGGCCAUUGUUUAUCUUCUUCAUCUUGAUUGCAGUUAGAAUACAUUAUCCCCCCUAUGAGCAGCAUGAAUGUCAUUUUCCCAACAAGGCCAUGCCCUCAGCUGGUACUCUGCCGUGGGUGCAAGGCAUCAUCUGCAACGCAAACAACCCCUGCUUCCGAUCCUCCACUCCCGGAGAGAGCCCCGGGAUGGUGGGAAACUUCAACGAUUCAAUAAUUUCUCGUCUCAUCACUGAUGCCAAGAAGAUCCUACUGUAUAGCCAGAACGAUAAAAGCUAUGAGGGCUACAAGGGCCUGGUCAGAGCCCUCAGGAAGAUGCAGAAGAACACAGCCCGGUUCAAACUGAAGGACUUUCUGAAAGAUAAUGAGACACUUUCCCAUUUCCUUCACCACAACGCCUCUCUUCCCCGACACGACCUCAGACAGAUCGUGGAGGCUGAUGUCAAUCUGGAAAAGGUGCUCACAAAAGGUUUUGGAUUCCAUCUGAGAGAUCUCUGCAACACAACACCCUUAGAGGAGUUUGUUCAUAUUGCCGACCGCAAUGUAUCCAAAAGGACUCAAGAAAUCAUCUGCAAAUCAUCCAGCGAAUGGUUGAACAAAGCACAGAGACACUUCCUCUCAAAUCUGGACUUCCUUAAACCUAUUCGAAAAGAUGUGAAGACUGAUCCCAAAGUGGUUCAGGAAGUCUCUGCUGCGACGGACAGUCUCCUGGAAAGUCUGGGUGCUCUGGCCGUGGAGCUCGGUAGUAUUGACAGUUGGAAGGACAUGCGCAGAGAGAUCCUGUAUCUCACCGGAAACGCCACAGGCUCCCCAAACCAGAUGUACCAGGCUGUGUCACGAAUCGUGUGUGGGCACCCUGAAGGCGGCGGCCUCAAGAUCAAGUCCCUCAACUGGUACGAAGACAACAACUACAAGGCCUUGUUUGGAAACCAUGGCAACGACAGCGAGAUUGAACCUGUCUCAGUGUAUGACAACUCCUCAACUCCAUAUUGCAACAACCUGAUGCGGAGCCUUGAGUCCAGCCCUAUUUCUCGAAUGAUCUGGAGGGCCUUGAAGCCUCUGUUGAUGGGCAAGAUCCUCUACACUCCAGACACUCCAGCAACACAGAGAAUAAUCCACGAGGUUAAUAAGACAUUCCAGGAGUUUGGUGUCUUGCGGGAUCUUGGCGGCAUGUGGGAAGAAAUGAGACCUAAAAUCUGGAAUUUCAUGGAGAACAGCGAGGAAAUGGACUUAGUCAGGACAUUACUGCAGAACAAUGCCAGUGCUUCAUUCUUCAACACACAGCUGAGUGGCACGGAGUGGAAAGUGUCCGAUGUGGCGCGGUUUUUGUCCAAAGUGUCUGAGGGUCCUCAGUCUGUAGGCUACACCUGGAAGGAGGUUUUCAAUGAGACCGACCAGGCCAUACAGACCAUUUCCCGCUUCAUGGAGUGUGUGAAUCUGGACAAGCUCGAGCCUGUUGCUAAUGAGGAGCGGCUGGUAAACAAAUCUAUGGGCCUCCUUGACAACCAAAAGUUUUGGGCAGGAAUAGUGUUUCCAGACAUCUCCCACGGUAGCAGCAGUUCAGAUCUGCCCCCCAACGUCAACUACAAAAUUCGCAUGGACAUUGACAACGUGGAAAGGACAAACAAGAUCAAAGACGCAUAUUGGGAUCCGGGUCCCAGAGCAGAUCCCUUUGAGGAUCUGAGGUACGUUUGGGGCGGAUUUUCCUACUUGCAGGACGUCAUUGAACAUGGAAUAAUCCGAGCAAUCACUGGAACCAAGGAGAGGACUGGAAUCUACAUUCAGCAGAUGCCCUAUCCUUGUUAUGUAGAUGACAUAUUCCUCCGAGUGAUGAGCCGCUCUAUGCCGCUUUUCAUGACCUUGGCGUGGAUGUACUCCGUGGCCAUCAUUAUCAAAGGAGUGGUCUAUGAGAAAGAGGCACGACUUAAGGAGACUAUGCGAAUCAUGGGGCUGAACAAUGGCAUUCUAUGGCUCAGUUGGUUCAUCAGCAGCCUUAUACCACUUCUCAUCAGCGCUGGUUUACUGGUGAUGCUACUCAAGAUGGGAAACCUGCUGCCCUAUAGUGACUCAGGGGUGGUAUUCCUGUUCUUGGGAUCAUUUGGAGUGGUCACAAUAAUGCAGUGUUUCCUGAUUAGCACCCUGUUUUCACGUGCUAACUUGGCAGCAGCAUGCGGUGGCAUCAUCUACUUCACCCUCUACCUUCCCUAUGUGCUCUGUGUGGCCUGGCAAGACUACGUGGGAUUUGGAGCCAAAGUUGUAGUGAGUCUGUUGUCACCUGUGGCCUUUGGCUUUGGCUGCGAGUACUUUGCCCUGUUUGAAGAGCAAGGAGUGGGGAUCCAGUGGUCCAAUCUGCUGGCCAGUCCCCUGGAGGAUGACAGCUACAACUUGACCACAUCUAUCUGCCUCAUGCUGUUUGAUGCUGUACUGUAUGGAAUUAUGACCUGGUACAUUGAGGCUGUAUUCCCUGGACAAUAUGGUAUUCCCAGACCAUGGUACUUCCCUUUCACUCGGACAUACUGGUGUGGAGAAAAAGAAAACAAAAACCUCUCAAGCUCUCAGUCGAAAAGCAAUCCUGAAGAUCUGUGCAUUGAAGAGGAGCCUGGCCACAUUGAACCUGGCGUAUACAUUGAAAAUCUUGUGAAAGUGUACAGCCAUGGAAACAAACUGGCUGUUGACGGACUAACUCUGAGAUUUUAUGAAGGCCAGAUCACCUCAUUCCUUGGACACAAUGGAGCCGGCAAGACCACAACUAUGUCCAUUCUGACUGGGCUGUUCCCACCCACUUCAGGUACUGCCUACAUCCUCGGAAAAGACAUUCGCAAUGAACUAAGCACCAUACGCCAAAAUUUGGGAGUGUGCCCUCAACAUAACGUUCUUUUCAGCAUGCUGACCGUGGAGGAACACAUCUGGUUCUAUGCUCGCCUUAAGGGUUUGCCUGAAGAGAAGGUGAAGGCAGAAAUGGAGCAGAUAGUUAAUGAUGUCGGAUUGCCCCACAAAAGAACCUCCAGAACUAGCACUCUUUCUGGUGGCAUGCAGAGGAAGCUGUCUGUAGCGCUUGCUUUUGUUGGAGGCUCAAAGGUUGUGAUCCUGGAUGAGCCCACUGCUGGUGUCGACCCCUACGCUCGCAGAGGCAUUUGGGAUCUUCUGCUUAAGUACAGACAAGGUCGUACAAUCAUUCUGUCCACCCACCACAUGGAUGAAGCGGACAUCUUGGGCGAUCGUAUUGCAAUUAUUUCCCACGGAAAGCUGUGCUGUGUUGGCUCCUCCCUCUUCCUGAAGACUCACCUGGGAACCGGCUACUACCUGACCCUGGUCAAACGGGACUAUGACUUAACCCUUCAGUCUUGCAGGAAUUCAGCCAGCACUGUGUCCUAUACCAAAAAAGUGGAAAAGGAGGACAGUGUUUCAGAAAGCAGUUCAGAUGCAGGAUUGGGGAGUGAACCAGAGAGUGAAACAACUACAAUUGAUGUGUCUUUGAUCUCCAAUGUGAUUUUCAAGCAUGUCCCAGAUGCACGGAUGGUGGAGGACCUUGGACAUGAGUUGACCUAUGUCCUACCGUACCAAUCAGCCAAAGAUGGAGCUUUUGUGGAGCUUUUCCAUGAGCUGGAUGAUCGUCUGACUGAUCUGGGAAUCUCAAGUUAUGGAAUAUCUGACACAACACUGGAGGAGAUCUUCUUAAAAGUGGCUGAAGAUAGUGGCGUGGAUGCAGUCGAGCUUUCAGACGGGGUUGUGCCGACAAGGACACGCCGUCGUCAUGCUUUUGGAGACCACCAGAGCUGCCUGAAGCCCUUCACUGAGGACGACUUUGAUUUUAAUGACUCAGAAGAAUCCCGUGAGACAGACUGGCUGAGUGGCACAGAUGGCAAAGGGUCGUACCAAGUCAAAGGAUGGAGUCUGAAGAGGCAGCAGUUUGUGGCUUUGCUGUGGAAACGGUUUCUCUACGCUCAACGCUCCAGAAAGGGAUUUUUCGCUCAGAUUGUGCUUCCUGCAGUUUUUGUUUGCAUCGCUCUGGUGUUUAGUCUGAUUGUGCCGCCUUUUGGAAAGUACCCCAGCCUUCCCCUGCACCCCAGCAUGUAUGGAGAACAGUUCACCUUCAUCAGCAAUGAUAUGCCAGACGAUCCUCAUAUAAACAAGCUACAAAGUGCUUUGACAGAGAAACCAGGGUUUGGGACACAUUGUAUGGAAGGGGAACCUAUACCGGAUGCACCUUGUACGACUGUUGAAGAGGAGUGGUCGGUGCCUGAGGUGCCCCUGAGUGUCUCUCAGAUGUUUGAGAAUGGAAACUGGACCAUGGAGAAUCCCUCUCCUCUUUGUAGCUGCAGCUGUGGGGGGCGCAAGAGGAUGUUACCUGAGUGCCCUGCUGGUGCUGGGGGUCUGCCUCCUCCACAGACAAAGAUCAGUGAAACAGACACACUUCAGAAUUUGACAGGCAGAAACAUCUCAGACUAUUUGGUCAAAACCUACGCUCAAAUCAUUGGAAAGAGCCUGAAAAACAAGAUUUGGGUCAAUGAGUUCAGAUAUGGUGGAUUUUCAUUGGGUGCCAGGAAUUCUCAUCUUUUGUCACAGCGAGAUGAAAUCGAUGAAGCUAUUGCUCAACUCAGGAAACGCUUCCGACUGGAGAGAGGAACAGCAGCAGAUCGCUUCUUCCACAGUCUCUCCAGUUUUAUUGGAGGAUUGGACACCAACAAUAAUGUCAAGAUCUGGUUUAAUAACAAGGGAUGGCACAGCAUUGCAUCAUUUCUGAAUGUCAUGAACAAUGGCAUCCUGAGGGCAAGUCUCCCAGCGGACAAAGACCCCUCCAAGUUUGGCAUCACAGUCCACAAUCACCCCCUCAACCUUACCAAAGAGCAGCUGUCGCAAGUCGCACUUAUGACGACCUCAGUGGAUGUGCUGGUGUCCAUCUGCGUCAUUUUUGCCAUGUCUUUCGUCCCGGCGAGUUUUGUGGUCUUCCUCAUCCAGGAAAGAGUCAACAAAGCUAAACAUCUACAGUUUAUCAGUGGAGUGCAGCCCUUCCUCUACUGGCUUGCCAACUUUGUCUGGGAUAUGUGUAACUACAUUGUCCCAGCCACUCUGGUUAUCAUCAUUUUUGUGUGCUUCCAACAAGACGCUUAUGUCUCCUCCACAAACCUCCCUGUGCUGGCUCUGCUGCUCCUGCUCUAUGGGUGGUCUAUCACUCCUCUGAUGUACCCAGCCUCAUUCUUCUUCAAGAUCCCCAGCACAGCUUAUGUAGUUCUGACCAGUGUCAACAUACUUAUAGGGAUCAAUGGUAGCGUGUCCACUUUUGUCUUGGAGCUGUUUGGAAGCAAUGAAAUCGGUGGCAUUAAUGACGUCCUAAAGAACGUCUUCCUGAUUUUCCCUCACUUCUGUCUGGGAAGAGGUCUGAUUGAUAUGGUGAAGAAUCAGGCAAUGGCAGAUGCUCUUGAACGCUUUGGAGAAAACCGUUUCCGCUCCCCUCUGGCCUGGGACAUGGUGGGAAAGAACCUGUUUGCAAUGGCUAUUGAGGGCGUGGUCUUCUUCUUCAUCACUGUCCUGAUACAGUACCGCUUCUGCAUCAAGGCCAGGUCAUCCACUAGUCACUUGAAGCCUAUUGGAGAAGAGGAUGAAGAUGUGGCCAGGGAGCGUCAGAGGAUCCUGAGUGGAGGAGGACAAACAGAUAUCCUGGAGCUCCGGCAGCUCACAAAGAUUUACAAGAGAAAGCAGAAGCCUGCAGUGGACCGGCUCUGUGUGGGCAUUCCCCCUGGAGAGUGCUUUGGUUUGCUGGGAGUGAAUGGAGCAGGAAAAACAAGUACAUUUAAAAUGCUUACGGGAGACUCAGAGGUCACUGGCGGGGAAGCCUACCUGGCUGGAAAGAGUGUGACAACAGAAAUUGACGAGGUGCACCAGAACAUGGGAUACUGUCCUCAGUUUGAUGCCAUUAACGACCUUUUGACAGGCAGAGAGCACCUGGAGUUUUAUGCCAUUCUGAGAGGAGUGCCUGAGAAGGAAGUUUGUGAGGUUGCGGAGUGGGGCAUUCGAAAGCUGGGCUUGGUCAAAUAUGUGGAUAAGUCAGCGGGCAGCUACAGCGGAGGAAAUAUGAGGAAACUUUCCACUGCCAUCGCUCUGAUUGGAGGGCCUCCUGUUGUGUUUUUGGAUGAACCAACAACAGGCAUGGACCCCAAAGCACGUCGAGCCCUGUGGAAUGCUAUACUUAGUAUCAUCAAAGAAGGACGAUCAGUCGUCCUGACUUCCCAUAGUAUGGAAGAGUGUGAGGCACUUUGCACCAGAAUGGCCAUCAUGGUUAAUGGCAGGUUCCGCUGUUUGGGCAGUGUGCAACACCUUAAAAACAAAUUCGGUGAUGGUUACACUAUUAUUCUGCGCGUGGCGGGGCCGGACCCCGACCUUAGGCCGGUGAUGGAGUUUAUUGAGCAGGAGCUUCCAGGAAGUACUCUAAAAGAGAAACAUCGCAACAUGCUGCAAUACCAGCUCCCCUCCUCCCUCACCUCACUCGCCCGCAUCUUCUCCUUACUCUCCAAGAACAAGGAGACACUCAGCAUAGAGGACUACUCCGUGUCCCAGACAACUUUAGACCAAGUUUUUGUUAAUUUUGCCAAGGACCAAAGUGAUGAGGACCACGUCCAUCUGAAUAAGCGAGAUGCUGUAGUAGUGGACAUUUCACAACUCAGCUCUUUCCUCAUGGACAGUAAGACCAAGGAGAGCUGUGUGUGAACUCUACAGAUUCACCAGCCUCCACCACUACACAGUGAGCCUCGGACUCACUCAGAGGCCAACUAUGUUCCUUUUAUAUUUUUAGUUUUUUUUAAUUAUCAACAUUUCUCAGUGAACCUGCACAAAGCCACAGCCUUGUGAUACACGUGAGGCAUAGACUGCAGGUGUCGUGACAGACACUGAAACAAUGCAAAUCAAUGCAAACAUAUAUUUAAAAUAAGAAGAUGUGUGAAGGUGGGAGACUGGUGCUUCUCCUUCACAAGACGCAGAAGAGAAAGAAGAAUGGAACUUGAAGAAAAAGCAGGCAUAAAUUCUGUUUUUGCCUGGAAAGAUCAGAGCUAUCCACUCUGGAAAACAAAUCUGGAGGUUGAUUUGAAGGAAGAUUUGGAUUUUUUAGUAGCUAUUUGUCUGUGGGACUUUGUUAGUGCAAAUUUAGGUGAUGUUUCACUGCCAAUUACACAUAACAGACAGUUCAGGAUCAAACUUCAAAUUUUUUGUUACUAAGAAGUUUUCUUAUUUUAUAUUAAGUAUUCACGGAUUACUUUAAAAUCUGUUUGAUUUCUGUUAGAAUUCUCAAUUGUGGCAACAUUUUUUGUUUAUAGUUUUCUUUUUUUAGUAUAUUCAAUUCUUAUUUACUGUACAGGCUCCUAUGGGCCACUGGCUUCUGUUUAUUCUAAGAUUUUCAGUCUUUUUUAUUUGUUCUUAAUCUUUCUCCUGCCCAUUUUCAGCACAGUGCCUAUACUGUCAUGGAGAGACAUAUAUCCAGCACUCCAUUAAACAACAAUGUAUGUAUGCUGCCAAGGAAUGUAUUAACACCAACCUGUGUCCUACUACAAAACAGGCUUUUGGUAAAUAAUUGUACUCUGAUGUCCAGAUCCCAUUUUACUUUUGUUGCAUUUGAACAAAUGGGAGGUGAUCUGCUCCGGCGGCCACAGCCGCUUGGACAGGAUGAAAGACUCAAACGAGAUUUUGGAUGCAUCUUGGGAGUAUAUUGCAUGCAAUGGGCCACACACACGACAGUCAGUGUGUGUUUAAGUGAAAGAGGACUAGAACGGACUGAUACUUGUUACCAGCUUGUAUCAAUAUUUGGUCAUGUUGUGGAAAGAGCGUACUUUAUUUCUUUCUUAAAAUGUUGCUGUAGGUAAAGCUUUCUCCCAUGAACAGAAAAUGGGAUAUUGUUGUGCAGGUAAAUGCUCUGUACAGUUCACCAUCAUUGCAGGGGCAGACCUGAGCCAGUUCAGAUGUUUGGAUGUUCUAGUUAUUGUAGCAAAUUUGUGUUGUCAACUAUAUAAAAAACAGUGGAGUAAAAAACUAGUACAUGUGCCAAAUGGAGCUCACUAUGUAUCAACGAGCAUUCUUAUAACUGUUAUAAUUUGUGCUUUACUUUCUUUUAACUCACACAUUAUUUUAGCCUCCUACUCAUUUUUGAAUUUUUGAAAAAGCACAACAUUGUACAUUUGUAUUUAUUCUUCUAAAUGAAACUUUUGUUAUUUAGUGAGUUCCCAAAUUCAGAUAUUUCAGUUUAUUGACCACACACAACCAGCUAUCAAAUUUAAAAGAUGAACAUUUCCAGGGAUAACCCAGGCUAACCUCCACAGGGACCACAGACUUAAAAUAGCUUUUAGCACUCUAGAGUAUGUUUUUAAAAAAUCCUUUCAGGGUGUAUAUGAAUGGCAUAGUCAUGUCACUUCAGGUGCUCGUAUCUUGGAAUAUCAGUGAGGCAUUUCUGUUCUGAAGAUUGUGGGGUUUUAUUUGGCUCAGCUUAGCAUCAAUUUAGGGCCAUAGUCACAGUCUCUCAAUUGUGUACUGAGCACUUUAAAGGCCUAGUUGCCUAUUAUUUCAAAUAAGUUAUAGUAAAUAAUAUUUAAGUACAAUACUCUGCACUGGAACUCAGAUAAUCAGAUGUCACUUGAAAGUGAAACAACAUUAAAAUCUGAAAUGCAGAGAAACUGUGAGAAAAAUAUGGGACAGACAUGGUGUUCUUUCUCCUCAUGCUCAUUAUUGUGUCAUUGUUAUUGUUUGUUUACAUUUAUAAGUAUUAAACAGCUGUUUAAGUCUGUUACUGAUUAUGUACAGCUACUCUUUUAAUAAAGUUCAAACAUUUUGUGACAA